AUGAUGCCGGCUCUUGUCCAGAACGAAGAAGAGUCAAAGGAGGGGGAGCCAGAGCCGAUUAUCUACCCCAUUCCAGCGAACGAGGAGGUUCGCAUGGCCGCGAUUGAGCAUUUCCGCCUCCACGACGUCGCCAAUGUCUCUGAACUCAACGUGAUCUGCUCACUGGCUGCGGCAGAAAUGAAGGCCCCUCACAGCGUCGUCACACUCGUUGAACGUGAUGUGGUGACUCUGCUGGCGACCAACGCACCGGAAUACUGGGACGUCGGUACCGGUAAUCCGCGCGAGCAAACAUUCUGUCAGCACUUUGUCAUGGACGAUAAGCCGUUGCUCGUCCGUCACGCUGAGGCGGAUAUGCGGUUCUACCACAUCGCGCCCGUGACGAUGCGCAGUCUUCGGUUCUACGCUGGUUUCCCCGUGUCGAUCCCGUGUGUGCCAAGAGCUCCGGGACAGCCUGAGAGAGUCGUCAUUGGCGCCUUGUGUUGUCUUGAUGAAAAGCCCCACGAGAUGACAAGGUCGCAGUACUGGAAGCUCAUGAAACUUGCGGAAGCGGCCUCCGCCAUCCUGGAGAAGACUGCGACAGAAUACAUCGCUGACCCUGAGAAUCACCCACUCGGACAACAAAGAGCCGGAGUCCUAAAGCCUAAGGGCAAUGGCACGGGAAUGGUUACUUGCUAG